CGUGCGUCUUCAGGUUGUGUCUGGCUCCGAACGAUGCGGCUUAGUUUUUCUGGGUCCUUGGUCGGCCUCCGCCAGCUGGACAUGUCCUUGCUGUGCCAGCUGUACCACCUGCACGAGUCCAUCCAGGAGUACAAGGGGGCGUGCCAGGCAGCGUCCCCGGACCGCACUUCGGCGCUGGAGAACGGCCUCUUCGACGAGCAGGAGGAGUAUUUCCAGGAGCAGAAGUCGCUCCACGCCGGGAGGGACCGAGGCCCACCUCGGGACAUGUUGCUGUCCCCUUCUCCAGCGGUCUCCCCGCUCUCCGGCCACGACUGGAUUCUGGAGUCUCUGUAGAGGCCCCGGGAGGCGCGUGACUGCCGGGGAAGCCCUUGCUGCCGGUCACCUGUCGUCUGGCAGGGGAGCACCUCCUUUGCUCUGCCGGGGACGGGGCUCAGCACAAGGACCAACGCUGCCCGUUGGAUUGGCAGGCUGGGAGUUCACAGCAUGUUCCGACGGCUGCAGCUUCUGCUGAGGUGAUCCGGAGGGGCUGAGCAGCACCCUGGACACCCUUGCUGGAGAUGCACCUGCUGGGGAGUCACGAGAACACACCACGAGGAUCCCUGGCCAAGGCCUCCACGGGUGUUUUGUGUGUGGUGACUCUUAGCUAGUGACUGCCUUGCAGGUGGCAGGUCAUUGACACCCUCUUUGUCCUGGGGCUCCUGCUGCAGAUCGUGACUGUUGAAACCAGCAUUUCUUGGCUGCCUCCCUGCAGCUGUUCCUGUGGCUUCAGGAGCCUUUAAGUGUCUUGGCUCAGCCUUAUUGAUUUGUAAGCUGGGUUCCGCAUUAUUCAGGUGAUUCAGUAAAAGCUUUUAGUAACAAAGUAAACAUUUCCAGUCGCACC